AUGGCCACUUGGUCAGGCGAUCAGACGGCCAGCAAAGGUUUAGGUGAGGAAGAUUUGGGAGCUUUGUUUGAAGCACUUCAUCCAGUAAGUAAAAAGUACAACUUCUUUGGCUUACAAAUAGGAGUGACGAAAAGUGAAAUCGAAAAAAUUGAAGCACAACACAGUGAUCUAGACAACCGGUUGCUUGAAAUUUUGUCUGUGCGUUUGAAGAAUGUAAAAGCCAUAACAUGGAAUGAUAUCGACAAGGCACUUCGGUCAGGUUGCGUGGGUGAGAGUAAGGUAGCAGAUGGCAUACGGGAAAAUUACAGUCACCUGUUUAGCUAUGGCCAAGAGCACGAUAACAAAAGGAGAAAGAAGAAAGAGAAGAGGGGGGAAUAUACUCGCAGGCAUAGUGAAAGAAGUAGUGAUAGACAAGAGGAAGAUUCAGAUGGGGAGGUAAGUGGGCGCGAAGCACUGAGAACAAAACCCAAGAAAUCCCCAGAAACACAUUUGAGCAGCAGUGAAAAAGAAUCAAAGGUGAAAAAGGUAAGGGAGACAGUAGAGAAGUCUUCCACUCGUCAUAAAGAAAGAGAAAUUCCAGAGGAGGGAAACGGUAAAAAUAAGAACGAAAGAUCAACUAAAGUCACAUCUGCACAAUCCGAAUGCAGAGAGAAAGUGCAAAAGGAACGAAAAGGAAAAAUAGAGAAGGAGAGUUCAAUAAAAGAAUCUAACAAUGAAACUUUGGCCUCUAGUAGCGGAGAAGAAACAGUUAAUUUACCAUUUCAAGGUGAAGUGAGGGAGAAAGCAGACAAACCAAAGAUGUCUGCCAGAGAAAAUAAAUCAGAGUUAGUUGAGCCAAAAAAAAUAAAAGAGAAAAAUCAACAUAUAGAAAAACAUACGGGAGCUAGCGAUGAAAAACGCCAGUAUUCGGAUGGGGAGGUACACGAAACGCCUCCUCACAAAUCAAAUGAAGUAGAAUCAGAAGAUGGCAAAGAGAUUAAAGAAGCACGAAGAGGUAAGAAAAGAAUGGCCCAACCAGUAAAGGAACACCUCUCCUCAGUUCAACAAGAGAACAACAGAUGGGAGGGAAGAUGA